GUCGAACGACUCGGGGCGGAGUCUCCUCGGCGAUUAAUUGGAAAGAAAAAGUGCUUCUAUAAAAAAGCGGCAUCUCGGGGUUUCAAAAGCCGCAGUACGUUGAAAAGGUUUAACACAAGCGCCUCCUCCCACCGCAACCUCAUCCUCUUCUCAAAAUCGUUGGUUUGAGAAAUGGGUGAAGUGGGUACAACAAUCGCCAAGGAUGUUACUGAAUUGAUUGGUAAAACCCCAUUGGUGUAUCUCAAUAAUGUUACUGCGGGAUGUGUCGGGCGUGUUGCGGCUAAGCUGGAGAUGAUGGAGCCCUGUUCCAGUGUUAAAGAUAGGAUUGGGUAUAGUAUGAUUACUGAUGCAGAGGAGAAGGGAUUGAUCGAACCUGGGAAGAGUGUGCUGAUUGAACCCACGAGCGGUAACACCGGCAUAGGACUGGCCUUCAUAGCGGCUGCAAAGGGCUACAGGCUUAUUCUUACCAUGCCGGCCUCCAUGAGCCUCGAGAGGAGGACCAUACUUAAGGCUUUCGGCGCUGAGCUCGUCCUCACUGAUCCCACCUUGGGCAUGAAAGGUUCUGUUCAUAAAGCAGAAGAGCUCGCAGCGAAGACACCCAACUCUUAUAUUCUUCAGCAGUUUGAAAAUCCUGCUAACCCUAAGAUACAUUAUGAGACAACUGGACCUGAAAUUUGGGAAGGCACGGGGCACAAAAUUGACGGCCUUGUUUCUGGUAUUGGAACUGGCGGCACGAUCACUGGAGCCGGAAGAUAUCUCAAAGAAAAGAAUCCUGAGAUCAAGCUGUACGGUGUUGAGCCAACUGAAAGUGCAAUUUUAUCUGGAGGAAAACCUGGUCCUCAUAAGAUCCAAGGAAUAGGAGCUGGUUUUAUUCCUGGUGUUCUGGAUGUCAAUCUUAUCGAUGAAGUUAUCCAGGUUUCGAGUGAGGAAUCUAUUGAAACUGCGAAAUCUCUUGCUCUGAAAGAAGGGUUGUUGGUCGGAAUAUCAUCUGGAGCAGCAGCUGCUGCUGCUAUUAGGAUUGCAAAGAGACCAGAGAAUGAGGGAAAACUUAUUGUUGUUGUUUUCCCGAGCUUUGGCGAGCGUUACCUUUCGUCGGUGCUCUUCCAGUCUAUCAAGAAGGAAGCCGAGAGCAUGGUCUUUGAGCCUUGAGAUGAUAACUGUUGUCAAAUUGUCGCAAUAAAUGCUUAGUGUUGAUGUUGAUGGUCUCUUCUCUCGUCUGCAUUGUCUGUUUGGUUGAUAAUUGAACUCAUGCCAGUAUGUGUACUUGUGGGAUGUAAUCGAAGCUAUCUUAAGCAUGUGGAAUUAAUAGCACAAUGCAGAGCUUUCUGUUAUUUAGUAUGUUUGCUCAUUUUACUCUGUGUAAUUACUCAUGUUGUUUUAAUUUGUUCUCUUUUUGAUUU